AUUUCUGAUCUGAGCAAGGGAGCUCUGCUGCUGAGUCUUUCCACACUGAUUAGCAGCCAGGGCAACUUGAGUGCUGAGAAACUACUCAGCCAAGCACGCCACCAAGUCGAGGGAUUUCUGUCUUGGAAUAACAGUACUAUGAUUUCUGGUUUGCAAUGCAGCAUGUUUCUUUUCUUGUGCCUAACAUCAUGUCAGGAAUCUCAGGCUCCCCAGAACUGCAUGAGCAAGCAUCACCUUCUGGCCACCAUCCGUCAAAUACAGCAAUUUCUAAAGGGGCAGGAAACACGAUUUACAGAGGGAAUACGCAUUAUGAAACACCGGCUGACAACUCUGCAAAAUUCAGUGACUAAAGCUACCCCAAACCCACCAACAGUGUUCUGUUCUAAACUGGAUGCCCCACUGAAUGGCAAAAAAUUUGGCACCAAGAAUAUGGUGGACCAUGAAGUACAUUUCACUUGUGAUCCUGGAUUUCACCUUAUCGGUUCCAGUUCUCGGGUGUGCCAGCCAAAUGGCAGCUGGUCUGGAGAGAUUCCUCAGUGCAAAGAUAUCAGUGGAUGCACAAGUUAUCCAUGCCAGAAUGGGGGAUCAUGUGUUGAUGGAGGUGACCAAUACCAAUGCAUUUGUCCACAGGAAUGGACUGGACCCAACUGCCAGUAUCAAACACAGACUGUACCACCAGCAUGGACUGUAACAAAUGAUCCAGCUUUCAGCCGUAAGCCACGCUGUGCCAAAUUUGACAGAAUGCAGCAAUGCAGUUGUGAAGCGGGCUUCCACAUGACUGGCACAACAGAAAACCGCAUAUGUCAGGAUGUGAAUGAAUGUGAAGUUUACAAGCUCGAGGGAGCCCCUCGCCUCUGUAUGCACACCUGCGUCAACAUUCCUGGUUCAUACCGCUGCUCCUGCCCCAGUGGAUACAGGAUCUUUGGUGAUGGGAAGAGCUGUGAAGAUAUUGAUGAAUGCGCACUCUUGUUGCACAACUGCACAAGAGGAACAACCUGUAUUAACACAGGAGGAGGCUUUCAAUGUGUUAGUUCAGAGUGUCCCAAGUCCAGUGGAAAUGUUAGCUAUGUGAAAACAUCACCAUUUCAGUGUGAACGGAACCCAUGUCCAAUGGACAGCAGGUCAUGCCAUCAUGCCCCAAAGACCAUCUCCUUCCACUAUCUCCCUCUGCCUUCUAACAUCAUCACACCGACUGCCCUCUUCCGCAUGGCAACUGCUUCAGCUCCUGGACGGCCAGGCCCCGACAGCUUGAGGUUUGGAAUUGUGGGUGGAAAUAGCCGAGGGCAUUUUGUGAUGCAGCGCUCAGACCGGCAGACCGGAGAACUCAUUCUGGUGCAGAGCCUGCAGGGGCCUCAAACCAUAGAAGUGGAGGUGGACAUGUCAGAGUACCUGGACCGCACCUUCCAAGCUAAGCAUGUUUCCAAGAUUACCAUUUUUGUAUCAGCUUAUGAGUUUUGAAGGAACCCACUUAUACAAGGGAGGAAAUAUGUAGUUCAUGGAAGAAUCUUGUUCAGUGGAAACUGUUUGCUAGUUUGUUUUAACCAUCAGCUUCGGUAAACUGCACAAUAAUAUUCAGGGACUGAGAACAGGCAUGGCACAGACAUGGCAAACUGUCAAUUCUUUUCAGUGUUGUGCAGCUAUAUAAUGACUGUAGCUUUCUGGUUUCUACCCUAACACAGCUUUAGAUGCCCCGGAAGCAGAAAGGGGUAAUAAUGGGCACCAAACACUGACAGUAGCUGUAUAACCUGCUUUUUGCUGGCCAACCAGUAUGGCAUACGUAUAAAGAGCCUGUCAUUAAUAGAGACACAGCCUGCAUCCCAAACAGGCAUUCAACAAAGGGGAAUAAAUCAGCAUUCUCUGGAAGAAUGUAGAUAGACAAUAAACUCUUGCAAAAGAUCUCAUGUUGUCUAGCAAUUAUAUAGUGAUGACUUGACACAGAAAAUAGGGAUCAAGUCAAUGUGAACCACUGAUAGGUUCCAUCUGAUUUCAAUUCAAAUUUCUCCUAUUGAAAUCAAUGUCACUAUAAAGUCCUAACCUUUGGUUGGAUCAUGCCCCAUAGUACUUCAUAUAACUGAAACUAAAUUCUGCCACAGAUUCAGAAUUUUAGUCAAUUGUCAAAACUCAAAUUUGAAAGUUUUCUUUUACCAUACUUUGCUUAUGAAAUGUAGCUUUGAAAUACACUUGCAAAAAGCUCUAUCUUAAGCCAUGAUUAAAGAAUGUUAAAGAGUCUAUAAUAUUAAAUGGUAAGUUGAUGAAUUUGAUACUUUUUAUGUCUUAACAUUUUCUGAUUUUGCUCAUUUCAGUAGCAUGAAUAACAAGGAAUAAUGCCUGGUUUGCUUGCAUUCCCCUCUGCAGUUUGUUUUGUACUAUAACGGGAAGUUGGUUUCCAUGCAGGUAACUUUUUUGGGGCAAAUGAAUGUGGGAAACACAGUUCUAUUA